AUGAUUACUGCGUUAGUAGACAUAGUCUUUGAUUUACAAAGUAUUUAUGAUCAACAUAAAAUACUUGAUCAAAAAGUGGUCUUAUGCAUCAUGUAUGAAUGUUAUAAUCCGUGUCGUUUGUUUGUUAUAGAAGAAGAAGUGAGAGAAAAACUGCUAUGGAAUUUAAAGCGAGAGGUCAAACAAAUGAUGGAGGAAGCAGUGAUGAAAAAAUGUAUUCAUGAAGAAAAUUGUAUUAUAACAACAUUAUGUGGCGCUGUUGAAGCUUGUUUACUUCAUGGGCUCAAGCGUCGAGCUGUUGGGCUAUUUAAAACAAGUACAACAAUGGCUCUGCUGCAAAAAAUCGCUAAACAAUGCCCGGAAGCAGCUGAUGUGGUCAAAACCGUCGAUGAAAAUGAUAGUUUUAGUAUUUCAAAAAAAUUAUCGAGUAUAACACAUCAUAUAACAAGUAUCGAAGAAACUCGUCGUACAUUAAAAGCAGCUUGGUAUUCUCGAUAUUUGUGGAUUCGUACAGCUCUUAUUAAUCGUUCAUUACAUAAAAUUGUUGAUUUUAUUAUUAGGAAUGCAUUAAAAUAUUAUGAACCGUAUGCAUUAGUUGCCGAUUCUGUUCAAGGACCGAUAUUUUCAUCACUUUUGGCUGGCCCGUGUGCGCUUGAAUUUACAAAAAUGAAGACAACGGAUCAUUUUUGGUCCGAUCCCCCAGCUGCCGAAAUAGUUCAGCGUCACCGAAUGCAUAGCACAAGACAAACAAGUUCGAAACUUUCACCAAAGCUCAAACCAAGAUUACAAAUGAAUCUCAAACGUCAUACUAGUUCAUCGAGUGAAGAAACACGAAUAACACUGCCAACAUCGAAUCCUGCUCGGGAUUAUGUUGAAUCAUUACACCAAAACGCAAAAUCACAGUUGAUCUAUGGAAAAAAUAAUGUUUUAGUACAGCCAAAAGAAGGACAAGAUCCGCUACCCGGUUAUCUAUCAUUACAUUUAACAAAUAAUGAUGUGAUAUUAAAAUGGACUCCAAAUCAACUUAUGAAUGGAUACUCAUCGUUGAAUGGUAGUAGUAGUACUGGAUCAGAAAUAAGCGAAAAUCCAAAACGAACUAGGUGCUCUUCAAAAACGGCUGAUGUCCUGUAUUCUAGCGUAUAUUGGGAUUAUGCAAUAUAUCUGAAUAUGUCUAAUAUUGUUUACCUACAUUGCCAUCAACAUCUGGAUGGAGAUCGUAUUGUACUUGUGGCAAAAGAUGGUGUUCAGCAUCCACCAUUUCAUAUAAAAGACAAAGGUGGACAUUUAUUAGCAUUUCUUUCGUGUCUGGAAAGUGGUUUAUCCCCGAAUGGGAAAUUAGAUCCGCCACUGUGGUUCGAGAAAGACAAAGGAAAGAUAUUUCCGAAACUACAUCGUCGUAAUGAUCAACAGCAGAACGAAUCUCAAGUAUCACCUUCAGCAACCCCCAGUAGUGAUGAAGAAGAGGAAAUAGGGGAUUAUGUAUUUCGCAUCGUGUUUUAUCAAGAUCACAAUAUGGUUAACCCUAAACAGUGGCAGUGGUCGACAUCUUUAUCGUCAGCAUCGCAGAAUUCCGCGUUGCCACUAACAGACACCACAACAUCUUCAGUAUCAUCUCAAUCUGGUUCUUCCGUUUCACAAAUUUCACCACUAUCAACGGUUAACUCGCCAUCUUUAACAGAAUCAUUUGCAUCAUCAUCUAUUUCUUCAACUGAAUGUUCAUCUGGAAUUCAUAAAAGUGUAUCUGUUAGAACGUCGAUUGCCUCAUUAUGUGAUACAAUGCGUCAACAAAUACUAUCACGAGCAUUUUAUGGUUGGAUUGCGUACUGUAGACAUUUAAAAACUGUUCGUACACAUUUAGCAGCUUUAGUUUAUCCAGGAACAUAUCUGAAUGAUCGUGAACAAGAUACAGCGUUGACUAUUGACGCAUGGACAGAAUUAUUUCUUGAUAGACAAAGUUUGCAUCUUCCAAUUGACAAAAAAGAAAUAUAUCGAAGAAUAUAUUAUGGUGGAUGUGCACCAUCUAUUCGAAAACAGGUAUGGCCAUUUUUAUUGAUGCAUUAUCCAUUUGAAUCAACAAUUGAAGAACGUGAAGAAAUUAAUCGUACGACAGCUGAAAAUUAUAAACGACUCGCUAUAGAUUGGCGUGAUGCUGAAGAUAUCGUUUGUCGACUUGAUCGGGAACUGUAUGGUAGGAAAGGAGCCCGUUUAAUUAGUUCAACUUUAGAUUCAAAUGACACAUCAAUCGUUCCUGCCGUUAAUCCUGAACUCAUAACGAAUGAUAAAACAUUAUUAAUACGAAAAGAUUCUAGUUUUUCAAAUGAUGUCUUUUUUGAGGACUGUACUUUUCAUAGUAUUGUUUUACCUAUUGAAGAAGAGUCUAGUCGUCAAAGUACUCCGUUGUGUGAAAAUCAACCAAUAACUUCGAAUUCAGCGUUAAUUGUUACCAUACGUACACAAUCUGUCAUCGAUCGUGCAUCGCCAUACCACGUCAUUGAAACAAGUUGCGCUGAUGAUGAUGCUUCAGAAAUAUUAACGACGGAUUGGAAUUUACAAACUGAUGACAAUCACCAGACAAACGAAGAUGAAAAUGAGAAUAAUGAUGUAAUUAAUGAUCAAAAUAAAGAAAUGGUUGAUGAUAAUGCCCAGUGUACUAAUGAACGACGAUUUCAUAUAUCUUCACCAAGUUCGAGUUUAACAAGCAGUAUGGACGUUUAUAUGGAUGCAGUCGAUAUUUUACAAGAACAGCAAGACCAAAAAUCUGAUGAUUCAUUGAUACCAGUUUAUUAUGGUCGCUUUACAAAAGAAACAAUUGAUUUAUUUUCCUCAAAUUUACAUCGUAUCGAUAAAGAUGUGGCUCGUUGCGAUCGAAAUUACAUAUACUAUUCAAAUUUGAAUAAUUUGAAAAAGUUACGGAACAUUAUGUGCACAUAUGUUUGGGAUAAUUUAUCAAUUGGUUAUAUCCAGGGCAUGUGUGAUCUUGUUGCACCAUUAUUAGUUGUUUUUGAUGAAGAAGUGAUCACUUAUAGUUGUUUUUGUUAUUUGAUGAAGAGGUUGGUACCAAAUUUUCCACAUGGUGCAGGAAUGGAUCAACAUUUUGCAAAUAUGCGUUCAUUAUUAAAAAUACUUGAUUCAGAAUUAUACGAACAUAUUCAUCGUACCGGCGAUUUUACACAUUUCUAUUUUUGUUAUCGAUGGUUUUUACUUGAUUUCAAAAGAGAAUUUGUUUAUAAUGACAUUUUUCGUGUAUGGGAAAUAAUUGCAUCCGCUAGACGUCUUGUAUCAAAACGUUUUGUCCUAUUUAUCGCAUUAUCUAUGUUAAAAUGUUAUCGUGAUAUCAUAUUGGAUAAUCGCAUGGAUUUCACGGAUAUAAUACGUUUUUUCAAUGAAAUGGCCGAAAGACAUGAUGCCACUGAGAUACUUCGCACCGCUCGUGAUUUAGUAUUAGAAUUACAAAAAGUGAUUGAUAAUAAAUAA